AUGUUGGAGGCAAAUCAAGUUUCCAAGAUUAUGAGAGGCCUCAAGCGCCCCAAAGCAGUUGGCGUCGGGGUCAUCGCCAAUGAGGCCUUGAUCCUAUGUGUGGACAUUAUUGAGAAACACCUGGAGCACCUGUUUGACGCGUGCGCGUUUGCGUCUUUCGUACCACCCCGGGAUAUUCAAGGCGUCUCGGACCACUGCCUUACCGAAACCAGACAAACUUGGAGGCCCAUCACCCUGCUAGGCGCCCUGAGUAAGGUCCUGCAUAAGUUGGUAGCCAACCGGCUCUCCAAGUUUGUCCUGGAGACUGGAUGUUUGCCCGCAAACCAAUUUGGAAUCUUUGGGAAGAGCACAACAAGCGUGCUGCAUUACAUCCUGAACCAAGUGUACACGGCCUGGUCAGCCGAUUUCAAGCCAACGGUCAUGGCUCUUGAUAUCACAGGCGCGUACCCUCGGGUCAAUCGCGACAGACUCCUCGAGGCUAUGGCAAGGAAGAAUGUGCCUACCUGGAUUAUUCUAUUCGUCUUCUCCUGGCUGUAUGAGUCUCAUACCGACCUGCACUUGCCAGGUCUGUUGGAGAUCAACCUGACCAGGCUUGAUGGGGCGCGUGCUGAUAUCGUUUCCUUUGUCGAUGAUACCUAUAUCAUCGUCUGGAGCAAGCACUUCUCCAAGAAUUGCGAUGCGUUGAAGACCUUGCACGACCGCGUAAAGAUCUGGGCCAAAGCCAACGACGUCGAAUUUGCACCACAGAAGUACGGGCUCCUACAUUUCGAACCACAGCCACAAACUCGCUGUACGCAGCUUCCUAACAUCCCAGGUCUGACUCGCAACCAUCUGGAGGCGCCCGAAGGCUACCUUGUACUACACCUGCGUAUCUUGGGGGUCAUGGUCGACACGCAACUGAAAUGGGGCCCGCAUAUUGACCACAUCGCAAAGCGAGUCCAGCUCCAACGGUACAACUUUUGGCACAUCUCUCGAACGCAGACGGGACCCAAGCUGAACCAGAUGAGACAGCUGUACAUUGCCAAGGUCCUCCCCAUCUUUUCGUACGCUUGUGGGGCCUGGUAUAUCCCCCGAAACGUCAGUGCGCGCUAUCAAAUGAGCGUUGCAAACAUAAACAGGCUGAAUAAGCUUAACCAAGCCGCUCUACUCGACGUGUCCGGUGGCAUGGUGAAUAAAAGCAUCGAAGUCAUCUUCAAGGAGCUGCAUGUUCACCGCAUGUCCAUCUUCUUGGAAAAGACCUCCACCGCGCAGCGAGCGCGAGAGCUUGACACAUCUCACCACAAGACGAUGUGCUUGGAACGGGAACGACGGAGGCCAACAAAAUCGGGCAUUGGCGAGCAGAAACACCCGUACCAUCAACUUGACAAGGUUGCACGUCAACUUCAGAGCGAUGCCCUCGAGAUGACUCCUUCCAAGGGGCCCAGUGACGAGAAGAAUCGCAUCAAGCAGUUAGUCAAACAGCAAUCUGACGCAGAGAGCAGCGCGGCGUGGAAGGGCUACAGGCUUGCUUUCAUCAACGAGAGAGAGAGACGCAUCCCGCCAGCGCACUCCGACCCCAAUGGGUGGGGGGCCCACAACCUGAAGCGGUACGCCAACCUCCCCCGGCACCAGUCGAGCAUGCUGUUCCAGUGCCGGGCCGAGCGCGCCGCCGUAAACGCGACCCUGUACAGGAUGCGCGUGCACAAGGACAACGAGGACAGCUACUGCCCGGACCUGGAGGAGGCCAGGGCGAUUGAGCUCGUGCUGAAGCUGGGCACCGCCAACGUGGAUGAGCUGCUGGAAAAAUACCCCGCCGAGGCGUCGGCGUUCGCUGUGAGGCACUUUGGCAUUUGCAAGAACACAGACGUGCCGUUGUUUCUGCCGCAGCGAGGGGAAACCGGGAGUAAGGUCCAGGAGGACAAGAACAGGAAGAGGAAGAAGAGUGGGGAGGGAGGCGGCCCGCCGAACCCUGGCAAGAGGCAGAGGAUCGGAGGCGGCCCGGGACCUGCCACGGGAAAGAAACGGCAGCCCAGGCGACGGCACGGGAUUGGAGCCACGAAGAAGGGAGGCAAAUUUGGUUACAGCAGAACUGGGCGAAAGAGGGCCCUGAAGCGCAAGAUCUGGAAGAAGCAUCGGCGCGGCGAUUCCGAAGGAUGA